UUUUUUCCAAUAUGGCGGAAGUUUUGGUGUUGAACGCAUAUUAAAUUUAUUAACUUUUAUAGUUUUAAUGUUUUAAUAAAUUGAUAGUUUGAUUGUGAAAAAUAUAUUUCCGACGUACCAAGACAUUACAUAUCAUGUGUAAAGCUCGUUUAUGCGUAUAGAUCAAUAUUAUAUAUUGUCGGUUUCUCGGGACAAGACGUAUAGAAAGAAAAUCGAAAAUCGUCGUGGUGGUGGUCUGGAACGAGACAUAAAAAUAAAACCCCUUUUCAUACUCAAUUUUUCUGAACGGGUAUCUAGAAUAUAGAGGCGACAAAUCAGAACAAAAAAAAAAUUAGCUAUGAAAAUGUCUGUAACUACAUAAAGAUCAUCAACGUCUAUAAAUAUGCUUUAAGUUACAUCUACAUUAAAUCUUAUUAGUUUUGUGCAUAAUUGUAUUAUUCUUCGUUAUUAAAUUAUGAAUAAGUUGGAAUAUCCACGUCGCAAUGGAGCACACAAAAUUCGUAUAACAAUAUUGUGUGCAAGAAAUUUGGUUCGGAAGGAUUUAUUUCGCCAUCCCGAUCCCUUUGCAAAAGUUCAAGUUGAUGGUACUGGGCAAGUGUAUUCAACGGAUAUAAGUAAGUCAACAUUGGAUCCAAAAUGGAAUGCACACUACGAUUUGUUUUUGGGUCGAAACGAUUCCAUUACUAUAACGGUUUGGAAUCAAAGAAAAAUCCACAAAGGUAGCGGAUUUUUGGGCUGUGUGCGAAUAUCAUCUGAUGCAAUACAACGUUUAAAAGGAGCUGGAUUCCAACGUUUGGAUUUAGUCAAAUUUUCAACGGAUGACGAUGAAAUGGUCCGCGGACAAAUAAUUAUUGCCUUUCUUUCGAAGGAUGGUCCAUGUAGUGGUAAUCCCUUGGCUAUAGUUGGCCCUGGUGGAGACGUUCGUGGUCCGUCGGAGGACGACUCAUCAGAGGAUAGUUUACCAGAUGGGUGGGAAGAGCGUAGAACUGGGAAUGGUAGAGUUUAUUAUGUUAACCAUACGACAAAGACCACACAGUGGGAUCGUCCCGGUAAACAAUCAACUUCGCAUCAACAAAUGCCCGCACACCAUCGCUCGACAACUCAAAAUGGUGGUGCGACACAUCAUCCUUCAGGUCCAACACGCUCAACUACAUGCACCAAUUUGCUAAAUGGUCAUAAUAACCGUAAUGGGAGAGAAAACGACGAACGACGUCAUUCAACGGAGAUACUUUCAAUGCCUUCUGUUGCGAAUUCCAUAACAAAUAUUGGCAAAGAGAAUUGCAGCCCCGCCCCAAAUGAUGCUCCAGAAGCCACACCUGCUUCCACAUCCAUGACACCAAACAACAGGAAAACUAACCGCCAACCCCAAAUCUCUAGUUCGGCAACAUCGAAUGCGGCAGGGGCAAACACAAACUCAAUGGAUCAAAGCACAGAGCAAUCAGCGUCCAGUUCUGGCCCUCAAACGCCCCGCCACAAUCAAUCUCUAAAAGAUAGUCACGGAAAACAACCAAAGCAUGGAACUCCAGCUCCAACCAUACUUACAAAUGGCCAUGGUAAUGUAGAGUCUGCCAAUACAACAACGCCCCAGCGAGUUCAACAGAAUCAAACUGCCCAAAAUCUAACGAAUGGUAAUUCAUCAUGUGGCGGCAGUCCGCAGGCUGCUCAACCACAAUCAGCUGGAAUGUCACAUGCACAACCAACAAGUUGGAAUGCAAAUGAAGGUGACCAGCAACAACAAAACCCGACCCGCUCAAGUCAAAUUACAAAUGGCAACGCCGGCAAUGGAAUUGCAAAUAGUGUGCAAAGUCCAAAUGCCAAUAGUUCGUCGAGCAAUACUACAACAACAGCUACGGUUGUAACACCACCAAAUGCCUCCACAAAUCUCAUAAACAAUCAUAGAGAAAGGGUGUGUGCAGACUCGCCCCGAGGAGGAGGAGGAGAUUCUCGUUCCCAAAACACACCAACAACAUCAUCAUCGACGUCUACAAGUAAUGUGGGCUCUCAACGCUCACAAAGGAGAUCAUCGCGGAAUGCCGAGGAUUCUUCUCGUAGGCGCGGCUCAAGAAGUACACGAUCAAACAACGGUGGACUGAGAUAUUCUGGCGUUGCUGCAGCUAGUGCAAAUCAAGCUGCUAGACCGUUUAUGGACUUACCGCACGGCUAUGAAAUGCGAAUUACACAGCAAGGCCAAGUUUAUUUCUACUACAUACCCACGGCCGUUUCAACGUGGCAUGACCCUCGGAUUCCUCGGGAUUUCCACGCAGACAAUUUGACACUAGAUUCGAUAGGACCAUUGCCAAGCGGUUGGGAACAGCGAAAGACUGCGUCCGGUCGUGUUUACUUUGUAGAUCACAAUAACCGUACAACACAAUUCACGGACCCUCGUUUAAAUGGCAACAUUUUGCAACUAAUAAGACGUGGGGUAGUCCCAGCGGGAAAUUCCGCUAGUACUUCAGGCAACAGUAGUUCUGGCAAUUCAGGAAAUAAUUCAUCUCCUAUCAGUGGGAACAUGAACGGAGGAGGAGCCGGCAAUGGCAGUAUUAUACAACAUUUAUCACCUGCAUCUUCUCAUCCGCUUGCCGCGACCGUUGUGGGAAGUACCACUACGAAUAGCACAACGCCACUGCGAAUUCCCGAGGGACGGGCGGUUCCAGCAGACUUGCCACAAGGUUUGCUGGAAGGUGCCGAUUUGCUACCAAAAUAUCGUAGAGACCUUGUGGGAAAAUUAAGAGCACUGCGCACUGAGUUGCAGGCAUUGCAACCUCAAUCAGGUCACUGCCGAUUGGAAGUAUCUCGCAGCGAGAUAUUUGAAGAGAGUUACAGACUGAUCAUGAAAAUGCGCCCAAAGGAUAUGCGCAAGCGUUUAAUGGUGAAAUUCAAAGGCGAAGAAGGCCUCGAUUACGGCGGUGUUGCCCGCGAGUGGCUACACUUAUUGUCACGAGAAAUGCUCAAUCCGCAAUACGGUUUGUUUCAAUACAGCCGGGAUGAUCAUUACACCCUGCAGAUUAACCCCGACUCUGGCGUUAAUCCUGAUCAUUUGUCAUAUUUUCACUUUGUUGGUCGAACAUUAGGCAUAGCAGUGUUUCAUGGCCACUGCUUAGAUGGAGGUUUUACCACACCAUUCUAUAAGCAAUUGCUAAACAAGCCAAUAACACUCAGUGAUAUUGAAGGAGUCGACCCCGAAUUGCACCGAAGUUUAACGUGGAUGCUUGAGAACAACAUUACCAAUGUCAUCGAAUCGACAUUUAGCGUUGAAAACAACAGCUUCGGAGCACUGGUUGUGCACGAGCUUAAGCCCUCGGGAGCAUCGAUAGCUGUCACCGAGGAAAAUAAACGGGAAUAUGUGAAACUUUAUGUAAACUAUAGAUUUAUGCGUGGCAUUGAACAGCAGUUCUUGGCAUUGCAGAAAGGCUUUUGCGAAUUGAUACCCAGUCAUUUAUUACGUCCAUUUGAUGAACGCGAACUGGAAUUGGUUAUCGGUGGUAUAUCGAGUAUAGAUGUUAAUGAUUGGCGCAAUAAUACCAGGCUGAAACAUUGUACGCCGGAAACAACACAAGUUAUUUGGUUUUGGCAGGUUGUCGAAUCUUAUUCAUCUGAAAUGCGUGCUAGACUUUUACAAUUUGUCACUGGUUCUUCGAGAGUGCCUCUACAAGGUUUCCGUGCGCUACAGGGAUCAACAGGAGCGGUUGGUCCAAGGCUGUUUACUAUUCAUCUAACAGCAGAUGUACCAACACAAAAUCUUCCUAAAGCCCACACAUGUUUCAAUCGCAUCGAUUUGCCACCAUAUGACAGUUAUCAAUUGUUAUACGAUAAACUCACACAAGCUGUGGAGGAGACAUGUGGAUUUGCUGUGGAAUAAUAGUUUUUUUUCGUUUUUAUAUCGUUUUGUUAAAUGUCAAAAUGUGUGAUGAUAGAAUCAAGCGACGAACAAAUUGAGACCAGAAUUUUGAACAUAAAAUAGCAUUGACUACAAUAACAAAACAAAACAAAAAAAAAAUAUAUAUAUAUGUGUAUUAUGACAAACUAUAGCGCCGAUUCAAAUAAUCAAUUAACAAUCAUCCCCGUACGAAUGUGCAUACAAAGUAUGUAUGUAUGUGUCAAUAAAAUAUAUUGUAUAUAAAUAAACACUAUUGGUGAAAAAAUAACAACAAAAAAAAAUAUAUAUAUAUAGUAUAAAAACUA